UUGUGCAACCAAAGGGUGCAUUUCUAGUUGUGAAAGCUGGUCCUCUUUAUCCAGAUGCCUCCUUGCUGAAAUGAUCAUUCCUCAAAGAAGCUUCUCUUCCAAUUGAUCUGGAAGGGGUUGGAGGGAGCAAUCAUCGAAGCGUGGAUGUGUUCAUUUCUGAAGUUACCUCAUAUUUGAACUGCAAGGCUGAUUGACAUGGAAAAAGACAGAGAUUUCUACCAGGUGUUUAAAGCUGAUUAAGAAGAGUGGACAACCUCGAAAUGCUACUUGGAUAAAAGUGGGAAAGAUUCUAGAAGGCAGAUUUCUUAUCAGAAAGAAAGCUCUGCAGAUUUUCAUAUACUAAGAACAAAAAGGCUCUACUGUCAUUGGCUGAGAAUUCUGGGAAUUUACAACUGUGCAAUGACCUGUCUUCUGUGCAACCAAAAAGCUGGCAUACCAUUCACAUUAGUGGAGAGCUUCACAUUGUUCAUUCAGUGAAAGAAACUAAAAUAAACUCAGAGAACUUCCCAAUUGUUUCUUCACUGAACAUUUGAAAUAUUUCAUGUCUUAGCUGGUCAGGAAUGCUGAUAAUUUAGAUCUCUUGACCAAUACAGCCAAAGAAUACUUUUUCUCAAAAUUAACAACUGGGACCAGAAAACCUUUGCUUCUUUUUGGUAUAUUUGUACUUGUGAUGUUCAUAUCUUGGAAUAUGCCUGGCAUUCAAAUAACGGAAACGGAGCAUCUAGAUGUACUACUGGGAAGACCAUUUUGGAUUUCUGGAUCUAUUUGAUAUUUCUUUAUAUAUAUAAACAAUUAUUGGAGACUGGAAAUAUAGAGGUGUAGAUGGACUGGCAAAAUACAUCAAAGAAGGAACUCCUCAUGAUAUGUCUUUAUAUGGAAAAAUCAAGAUAAUAUUAUGCUGCUUCCUGCACUAUUUUAUGGAACCAACACGAGAAAUGGGAGGAUUUCUGCUUCAGGGUGCUCUCUCCUAAUCACUCCAGAAAACUGGAUUAUCUUAUUUCCACAGCCGUAGAUCUUUUUGUCCAUGGAAAUAUUGAAAGAGUGCUAUUUUCCAUACUUUUGAUUUCCUUUAGUCUCUGCCCAAUAAGUGCUCAAUGAAAGAAAAGUUAGGAGCUCUCCCGUUCAUCCAUUUCAUGUGAAACUGGAGACAAGUUGGGUCUAAAAGAAGUAAGAAAACCCAAGUAAGAGAUCUGUGUGAUCCUCUCACUCAGACUUUGGAUUUCAAAUGAAUUAUUCCAUUAUUAUCCCCAUUGGUGUAGACGCAGACAAGCCACAGGUAGAGGAGUUGGCUUUCAAACCUAAGUUUAAAGGUGCUCCAACAAAGUUAAUCGUUUGAUUUAAAUUAGGGGUUGAGAGGGUAUUAGAGUGACAGGCAAUUAGUCCACCAGCUCCAGAACUUCUAUAUUUCUAAAAAACCUGUAUUUAUUUGAGGUAUUUGUUUCAUAACUUGGGGGCUCUUGCUCCCUCCAUAUUUUAGGAGUCUGUAUGCUAGCAGCAAGUGUUAAGAGACAAGGGUAACAUAGUCAGAUCCCUUUGGGCAUAGACUUCACACAUAGGAUUAAAUGUGAUGGAUUAAGGGUGACACCGGAGUGUGAAGUACGGAAUGACCUAUUUAAAAAGCUAAAAUUUAGGAUCUUAAGGGGGCUAGAGAAUACAGGGCUGCCUGUAAUGAUUCCUGCAUUCCUGUGAGGAGAGACUUCUGAAGUGUGAAGACGAGUGCCAUAUAUUGAGAUGUCUUGUCAACAUUAGGCAAUUCAAAAAGAGUGGGAAGGCUGUGUACUGUGUGCCAUCCCUGUGCUCAGGAUUACAGUGCUCCAUAAGGUUGCUCCAAUGUGACAUAAGACACUUGGGGAAAGGAUGUAAAAGGUGCUUGUGUCAAUAAGGAGAAGGCUAAACUGUAGCACAUCCUUCAUGGUAUCUUUGAACUGAACCCCUGUGGCUGUUCCCAGGCAAGCAUUCUGAUCUGCAGCAAAUGAAGUGACUACCAACGUAACUCCAUGCACUGAGCAAGUUAUAGGGUGAUAAUUUUGCAUUUUCUGAUCAUUCAUCCACUUGCCCUUUUCCCUCUGGCCAGUUGGCAUUUCCAAUUGCUUCUUGGAAUUAAGGUGGUAGGCUGGGAAAAGGAUAUAGGCUAAUUUAUGCAAACAGAUGCCAGUGGUAUUUUCCUUCUUAGGCGUUAUAAGGAAGACUCUUGGGAUAAAAGAAAUCUACAUUAAUGAAAAUCUUUACUUUUGAGAUAUAAGAUCUCAGUAGGGUGCCGGCAACAGUUUCUUUUGGCUUUCCAUUUCCUGGAGGAGGAUAGAAGGAGCUUUGUUUACAGGGACAAUAUAAGAUUUCAUGCCUUUCCACCAAAGGCCAUGGCUGGUUCACAGGUCCGUUGUCUGGAAAGCGAGGAACCAUAUCUGAAAAUAACAGAAUCGAACCCUGAAUUUUAUUACUGCGAGGGUCAACGGCUGGCUCUUGAAGCCUUGCUUUCUGAAGGGGAGGAGGCCUUUAAGAAGAGCCUCAUCCAGGAAAAGUUACGCCCUUUUCUGUCAGAUGCAGAACUCCAGGAGUUCAAAGCAGAUGUGAAAGUAGAAGACUGGGAAACAUCUGGACUAGUAGAACUAGGGAAAUUGAACCAUGGUGGUGAUGAGUCCAGUUUCACUUACUGGCCAGGACGAUCAGAUGAGCCCACCCCAGAACUGGAACUGGGGUGGCCAAGCAACAAUGUUUGGAAAGGGAUAACACGAGCAGAGGUCUACACACAUCCACCGGGAGAAGGAGCACCAUACAUCAAGGAGCUGGUCCGCAGGAGUAUCCAACAGGCUGACAAGGUUAUUGCUGUAGUCAUGGAUAUCUUUUCGGAUCCUGACAUCCUCUUGGACCUAUAUGACGCAGCAGUCAGGCGCCGAGUCCCUGUCUACAUUAUUCUCAGCAGAAAGCAUCUUCUCUCAUUCCUCAUCAUGGCUGAAAAAACCUGCCUUAAUGUCCGUCACACAGAGAACCUGCGAGUUCGAUUCAUCAAUGGCUGUACGUUCCGAAGCAGACACGAGAAUAAAGAGGUCACAGGGAUCAUGAAGGAGAAAUUUGUACUGGUUGAUGGAGAAGUUGUGAUCACUGGCAGCUACAGCUUCACAUGGACUGAUGCCCGCUUGAACCGCCAGCUUGUCACACGGCUUACAGGAGAAGUGACAGAAGCCUUUGAUCGGGAAUUUCGAACCUUGUAUGCUGCCUCCUGUCCCUUGCCAACUCUGGAGGUGUCACCUCGGACUCAGCCCGCAUCCACAACUCCAUUGCCAACCCCCAAUGGUCCAGAUGCAGCUCCAUUCAUCAGUGUCCUGGAUGGGGUGCAGAUAUCCAAUCGUAUUGCAGAACGGCGCUCCGUGGCCCCUCAACCUGUGGCCAAAAGUCGUGCUGGUGAGUGGGAUCUUGUAUUAGCCUCACCAGCUACAGCCGAAGAUCCUAUGCUACCUGUUGCAUCUCCUGAGGUAUCUAUCCGAAACCGACUUGCAGCAUGGCGUGGCAAGGAUAUAUCUGGAGGAGGCCAGCAAGGCACUCCUGAAGGACACAACGCUCUAAGUGAUAUUCUUAGGAAUGUACAACGGAAUCGGCUCUCGGUAGCCAAAACCACAGGGGCCCGUCCAAGUAAGUCACUGUGGGACCUCAGCCGACUCUCCGGAUCCAGCGCAACAGGAUGGGGAUGGAAUGGGACAGACUCACCCGAGGAUGCCAAGAAGUGGGGCUACCAGGACACACCAGCAAAGGAGCUGAUGAAACAACGGGGGACUGGCCAUACUCCAGAUGAGUCGAGGACACCCAUCUACCUAGCACAUGGACGCAUGACUCCUUCCCCUGGCUACCAAGCAUUAGGAAGACUACAAGGACAGCUGUACCAUCACACGGCUGGUACAGGCCUACCUCGGGCUUGGGUGCAUUCAGGGAAACCUCAAUAUGGGCAUCAGAUACGGUUCUGAAAUCACUUUGAAGCUGUGAAGUGAUUUGGGGGGGGCAGGGAGAGAUAACAGGAACGUAACCUUGAAAAGUCUGGAAAUUAUUCUGCAACAGAUUAUUCUGCAACUGGAACUGAUAUUCCUCUUAGAGCUGAAAAUGUAUAUAGGAAAUGAUAACAAGAGUGGUUUUAGUAUAUUAUGCUAUAAAUUGGGAGAUGUUACUGCCAAGUGACUCCCCCCCCCCCC